GAAGGACAGCGAGUUUCUAUUUCUCAACCUAUGACUGAUUAUCAGCAAUAUAUCUUUGGUUUUAAUGUAAAAAUUAUCUAUGAAAUCAGUUGAUAAACUUCGCAAAAGCGUCGAGACGCUAUAAAUGUCUUCUACCAUCCAUUAAAAAUACAGUAACCAGUAAAAUGUUCUCGCGAUGCCUGGUGUCUCAAGUAAAACACAACUCUUACUUUUUAAUAGGCCUAUUAAUUGGUUUGUGGGUGUCUCUCGCUGUUAUACCGUUGGAUGAAGAGCCGGCGCCUUGUGUAGCGACUGUAGGCAGUGCCUCUCCAGUUCAGGAUGAAUUUGUGCCACAGCGGGAGGAAAAACCAGCUGGUUCAGGACAGACGGCUGGGAGAAGCGUGCAACGACCCCGUUAUUACAGCACUGAGCUGGGCAUGAGAGGUUCCCUUCUCACUGGAAUCCUGAGCUCGGAAGAAGCCCUCAAAAUCCAAGUGCCAGCUUUGAACCGAACAGCAGCUAGACUGCAGCCAGCCUUAAAAUUCUUCAUUACCGCCAGUGCAAUGAGUACUGUACCUGGGCUGGCUAAUGUUGUUGGCUUUACAGAUACUAGGGAAAUGCUAAAACCAUUUCACGCCUUGAAGUACUUAGCAGAUAAUUAUUUAGAGGAGUAUGAUUUCUUCUUCAUUGUGUCCGACACGGCCUUUGUGAAUGCAAGACGGUUGACCCAGCUGGUCUCUCAGUUGUCAGUCAGCCAAGAUGUGUACAUGGGGAGGGUAGCUGAUGAUGAAAGUCAUUAUUGUUCUUUAGACAAUGGAAUAAUCCUGUCUAACUCUGUGCUCCGCGCUAUCCACAGUGAACUCGACUGGUGUGUACGCAAUUCAUAUUCUCCUCACCACUACGAGAAUAUUGGUCGUUGUGUGUUACACUCUGCUCAUUUGUCUUGCAAUCCUGACGUACAGGGUGAACACUACUCAUCAGUAGUUAUCGAAAAUGAUCAACUACCAUUAACAGAGUCGUUGGCUGAUGCUGUAACAGUGUAUCCGAUCAUGGACACUCACAGGUUCUACGAGAUACACGCUUACAUAUCACGGGUGUUUUUGGAACGCGACCACGAGGAGGUGCUGAAACUACGCAGCUACAUGUGGCACAACUCCGCGCGCCACCCCCCCGGGUACAGGAACAGCACGUGGCCGGCCGGCCUCAGGGACGAUCCCGGACUGGCCAGACCUUUACCGGGGAACAGGUUCGACCACCUCCGCUGGACGGCAAUUAACGGGACCCACGCUUUCUUUCCGGACGACCACCACAAUGUAUUACCGAUCACCGGAGCUUACAGAGAAGCCUUGGAUCUGGUCCUCACCCAAGUGAGGGCGUGGUCGCUGCACCGCUGGCCCGAGGCGCUGGACGUGCAGCUGGUGGAGGGGGCCUGGAAAUGGGAGCCGGCCGUCGCGCUGCGGUACCGCCUCCUGCUCCGCCUCACCGCCAAGGAGGACAAGGACACGCACAUGAGCAGGCUGGUGGAGGCGGUGCGUCCGCUGGGCGCGGCGCGGCUGGUGCCGGUGCGCUACGUGACGGAGAGCGCGCGGCUCAGCGCCGUGCUGGGGGCGCCGCACACCGCGCGCCACGCCGCCGACCUCGCCGCCUUCCUGCAGCGGUACGAGGCGGUCUGCCUCAACCAGGACAAGAACACCGCGCUCCUGCUGGUGAUAGUGAAGCAGCCUUCCGUCGGCAACACCACUGAGGUGGACCUCAUGAAGGAGAACAAGGAGACGGUGGCCGCGCUGAAGUCCCGGCACAAGGACGCCCAGAUCGAGGUGGUCGAGACGAGCCUGGAGUCUCCCAGCCACGAGCACGCCAGCGAGGUGGAGCUGCUGCAGGAGGCGCAGCGGGCCGCGCUCGCCCUCGCCCUGCAGCGGGUACCCCGGGACAGCCUGGUGCUCCUCGCCGUGCCGCACAUCGACUUCAACCAAGACUUCUUGAAUCGGGUCCGCAUGAACACGAUAUCCGGCGAGCAGUGGUACCUGCCCAGCGCGUUCUCCCGCUACGCGCAGUACGAGCACCCCGCCUUCGUGACCCCCACGGGCGCCAAGCCGCAGUCCAACACCGGCCGCUUCAACGUGCACCUCAGCCUCGUCUCCUCCUUCUACAGGAGCGACUACGACUCGGCGGUGGCGGAGUGGCCUGGCCCCCCGGGGGCGGACCCCGCGGCGGUGCUGGUCCGCAGCGGUCUGCGCUGCGUGCGCGCACCGGAGCCGGGGCUGGUGUACGGGUCGCGGGGGGCGCCGUGCGGGGAGGCGGGGGGCGCGGCGUGCGUGUCGCGGCUGGUCACGCAGCUGCACACGCUGGACCUCGGCGCCAAGCACUCGCUCGCACAGCUGCUGCUCGAAACUCAAGCCGAGCUGGACCAGUAGCUCACUGACACUAUACUACAUAUCUGGAGGGUAGAAGACCAUUAAGCGACAUUUCAUUCAAUUUACGAUCUUUUUUUCCAAAUUUUUAACUUUGAAUGGCUCUCUUGUAAAUUUGCAAAAAUGUCACUUAAACCAAACAGACUUUCACCCCUCGAUAUGAAUCUGUAUUAUUACAAUUUUUUCUUUUUUAUGAUUCUCUACAUUGGACACUGUUUUUGUCCCUAAAUUACGAUUAACGUUCACUGUGAUCAAGUUUUAAUCAUAUUAUUAUAUAAUAAUUUUUAAUACAACGGAAUUUUGUAUUGAAAAAAAAAAGUACAAUAAUCAACUAAAGUGCC